AUGAAGUUUGUCGCUGGUCUCAUUGCCCUCGCCGCCUUGGCCUCAGCUGCCCCCGGCAAGGCACCAACCCCCUUGGACAUCAAGCUCGAAAGUGCUGGCAACGCUGAGAUCAAAGCUGUUAUUACCAACACGGGCAAAAGCAGCCUCAAGAUCUUCAAGUCCGGUACCAUCUUGGAUAACAGUGCUGUAGAGAAGGUCACAAUCACCUCCGGAGAGCACACUGUUGCCUUUGACGGUAUCCGCCAACGCAUCUCUACUGAGAAUCUAGCUGAAGAUGCCUUCCAGAGCAUCCCCGCCGGAGAGUCCAUCGAGGUGACGUUUGACAUUGCCGAAGCCCACGAUCUCUCACUCGGCGGAAAGUACGACAUCCAGUCUGCCGGUGCCUUCUCCUUUGCCCAAUACGGAUCCACUCAACUCGUCGGCUCCGUGCCCUUUGAGACCAACAAAAUCGAGGUUGAUAUUGAUGGCGAGGCCGCCUCGGCCCGCCGCGUUGCAUUCCACCAGAAGCGCACUCGCAUACAAAGCGACUGCAGCGGUAGCAAGCUCAGUGCUAUUCAGACCGCCGUCCGCAACUGUGCUUCUGUCGCCCAGCUCGCCCAGCAAGCCGCCGCUUCUGGCUCCGCAGCCAAGAUCACAGAGUACUUCAAGUCCUCCAGCUCCAGCGUGCGAAGCACCGUCUCAGGCGUCUUCAGCCGUGUUGCCUCCGAAUGUGGCUCAACCAGCGGCGGCAGCUCUUCUCUCUACUGCUCAGAUGUACUCGGCGGAUGUAGCUCGGGAGUGUUGGCUUACACGCUUCCCAGCGGCAGUCUCAUGGCCUACUGCAACCUCUACUUCAGCGCUCUGCCAUCUCUGUCUCGAACAUGCCAUGCGCAAGAUCAGGCCAACACGGUCAUCCAUGAGUCAACGCAUCUGUCGCAGGUUAAGGGCACCCAGGACUAUGGUGGCUAUGGAUACAACUUUAUCCAGUCUCUAUCUGCUUCUCAGAACCUCAACCACGCCGAUACUUAUGCUCUCUACGCCAACGCCAUUUAUGUUGGAUGCUAA